UGUUUCUUCGGUGAGUACAAACUGAAACCUCAACCUUUGCUGGACCUCCCCGAAUCCUCCCUGAGUCCUCCCGAUUUUGCUGUUAGCUAUUAGAGCCGGCCGGAAAACACAAGCGUUAUGGGGGAGGUUACGAGACGGCGCCCCAUCAUUGCUGGCAGAGAAAGGGGGCCCGGGCCUGGGCACUAUGCUCUUCCCCCCACUAUCGGUUACAUAAACCAUGACUACACCAAACCCAGCAGCCCGGCCUAUUCCUUCCACAGCCGAAUGAGCAGCAACAUGGUGGCUGUGGACUCCAGUCCGGGUCCUCAGUAUCACAUAGAUGCCAGAAUGACACGCUUUGGAAGAGAUGGCACCCCGUCAUACUCCAUGCUUGGUAGAUUGAAGAAGACAGCUGAGACAUUUCAGACUCCUGGACCAGGAGCCUACUGUCCUGAGAAAGCACCACCUUUAAACUUGCACUACAGACCACCAUCGUACACCAUGGCUCAUCGUACACGCUACCGCACAGUGGAUGCUGUACCCGCCCCCAACCGCUACACUUUACCCAACCUAACUGGCUCUCAUGUCCCUCACAAACCCUCCAGCGCCAGCUUCUCAAUAUCAGCACGCAGGAAAGCAGGUGGUCCAUCAGAGGACCUAUCCAUGACUCCAGGGCCUGGCCGGUACAACAGCACAGAACCUAGUGUUUACCUGAACAGACAGCCAUCUUUCUCCAUUCAAAGCCGUCCGACUAUUCCCACCGAUGUCUCACGAAAGCCCGGCCCAGGAACACACAGCCCUGAGAAGGUGAUGACACACCUGCCUCGUGCACCAUCUUUCUCUCUAGGUAUUCGUCACUCAGAGUUUGUAACCCCAUUGAUUGUUGAUGUAUUAGACUGAAGAAUCUAAUGCAGUGUUUUGUGGACAUUGCUACUGAAAAUAGCAAGAUUUGGGUGUGUACAUGUCAAUAAAUGAUAUUAAAGGGCCCAUGUGGCACAAACACGUGUUUUUAUUUGUCUUUGGUGUGUUAUAAGUUGCCCAUUCAUGUAUUAGACACGUAAGAGUGCGUACAUUAAAGUGCAGGAACAAAAGGUGCCUUCUAUCUAAAAAUGAAUGCUCACCCAGACCUGCCUGAAACGCCUCGUGUAACCACACACCCACAAAUAUACGUCAGUUUGUGGUAUGAUUUGACUAAGACCGAACAAAUGUAUACGCAAGUAAGGUGGGCGCACCUGUCAGUACACUUGCUUUGGUACCUGAUGUUCCAAAAAUGGUAAGAGGCGUUAAAU